CGCUCCACUAUCAAUUCAUAACAAUCUACUCGUUUAGAUAGUAAACAUCAAGUGAAGUUAAAAGUAUCUAACUGAUAACAGAAUUUGAUAAAUAUGCCAAACCAAUCUUGUUGCAAAACGGCUUCUGGUCCGCAAAGCCAAUCAAGCUGCUGCAAACCUGUCAUGGAACCAACAUCAAGCGCCACCUGUCCCUGUUGUAGACAAGAAAUUUCCAAUCUUAAGGAAAAAUCGGCGGUGUGUCUGCAAAAGAAGGAAUGCUGCAAAGAAGGAAGCAACUGCAUGUGUCCUUGCUGCAAGGAACCGACUUCUUCCAGCUGCAGGCGCGCCACGGCUGAGGACGUUUGCUGCUUUAAGACUUGGUCAAAAAGCUGUCGCAACUGCAGCGACAAUGGAAAGUGCUGCGAUGCAUGCAAAAACGAUUGUCCCCUAGGUGACGAUUGCUGCAAGGAUGGGAAGUCUUGCGACUGUUGCGGUCCUUCAGGAAGUUGCCAGGAUGGAAAAGGAUGUUGUUCGGGAGCUUCUCGUUGUCCGGAGGGAAAUUCCUGUUGCAGCAAAGGCGCUGUUUCCAGACGAGGUGGAAGAUGCUGCGACAAUUGCAAAGGAGAUGAUUGCUGCAUUGAUGGAAAAUGCUGUAAGCAAAGUGGCAGGCAAGGAAGAUGUUGCGACAAUUGCAGAGGAGAUGAUUGCUGUAUUGAUGGAAAAUGCUGCAAGCAAAGUGGCAAGCAAGGAAGAUGUUGCGACAAUUGCAAAGGAGAUGAUUGCUGUAUUGAUGGAAAAUGCUGCAAGCAAAGUGGCAAGCAAGGAAGAUGUUGCGACAAUUGCAGAGGAGAUGAUUGUUGCAUUGAUGGAAAAUGCUGCAAGAAAAGUGGCAAGCAAGGAAGAUGUUGCGACAAUUGCAGAGGAGAUGAUUGCUGUAUUGAUGGAAAAUGCUGCAAGCAAAGUGGCAAGCAAGGAAGAUGUUGCGACAAUUGCAGAGGAGAUGAUUGCUGUAUUGAUGGAAAAUGCUGCAAGCAAAGUGGCAAGCAAGGAAGAUGUUGCGACAAUUGCAGAGGAGAUGAUUGUUGCAUUGAUGGAAAAUGCUGCAAGAAAAGUGGCAAGCAAGGAAGAUGUUGCGACAAUUGCAGAGGAGAUGAUUGCUGUAUUGAUGGAAAAUGCUGCAAGCAAAGUGGCAAGCAAGGAAGAUGUUGCGACAAUUGCAGAGGAGAUGAUUGCUGUAUUGAUGGAAAAUGCUGCAAGCAAAGUGGCAAGCAAGGAAGAUGUUGCGACAAUUGCAGAGGAGAUGAUUGCUGUAUUGAUGGAAAAUGCUGCAAGCAAAGUGGCAAGCAAGGAAGAUGUUGCGACAAUUGCAGAGGAGAUGAUUGCUGUAUUGAUGGAAAAUGCUGCAAGCAAAGUGGCAAGCAAGGAAGAUGUUGCGACAAUUGCAGAGGAGAUGAUUGCUGUAUUGAUGGAAAAUGCUGCAAGCAAAGUGGCAAGCAAGGAAGAUGUUGCGACAAUUGCAGAGGAGAUGAUUGCUGUAUUGAUGGAAAAUGCUGCAAGCAAAGUGGCAAGCAAGGAAGAUGUUGCGACAAUUGCAGAGGAGAUGAUUGCUGUAUUGAUGGAAAAUGCUGCAAGCAAAGUGGCAAGCAAGGAAGAUGUUGCGACAAUUGCAGAGGAGAUGAUUGCUGUAUUGAUGGAAAAUGCUGCAAGCAAAGUGGCAAGCAAGGAAGAUGUUGCGACAAUUGCAGAGGAGAUGAUUGCUGUAUUGAUGGAAAAUGCUGCAAGCAAAGUGGCAAGCAAGGAAGAUGUUGCGACAAUUGCAGAGGAGAUGAUUGCUGUAUUGAUGGAAAAUGCUGCAAGAAAAGUGGCAAGCAAGGAAGAUGUUGCGACAAUUGCAGAGUAUUGCUGUAUUGAUAGAAAAUGUUGCAAGCAAAGUAAAUUGGUUUCCUGGAAUUAGGAAAACGAUUUUUACAUACAUAUAAUAUUCAAUCAUUAUUGUAUAUGGGUAGGAUGCAGAUGUAUUGUCAAUGAAUAUAAAAUUUUGAAUUAUAAUAAAUU